CUUGCCAUGCUCUCCUGCUCCCCUACGCCCUUAAUGCCGCCCCCAACACAGACACAUACAUCCUCUUCCUCCCUCUUCUCCACCUUCUUCUUCCCUCUCCUCUUUCUAUAAAAACAGACAUUGAAGGAAGCAAAUCCCCUUCUUUUUCAAACUCUCCCCCUCUCCCUCUCCGGUUUCCUUCCACAAAGUUUGCAUCUUUGUAUCUUCUCUUCUCUAUGAAACAGCCAUCUGGGCACUUCCAAGAACAUCGCAUACAGAACCCACCAAGUCCAUGAGAGGGAAGUGGGACCGGGUCUCAGGUCGUCUUCUUGAUCUCCUGUUGUUACAUCCCUCCUCCUGCAUUUUCUGCUUUUGAAUGAGAAGCAGAAGAAGACUGGACAUGGAGACCUCUUCUGCUUUCCUUUUCUUCACGUUCACGGUGAUGCUGUGUUUGGCUCUUCCGAGCAGCGCUGCGGACGGAAGUGGUUAUAGCAACGGAGCUUCAGAUGAGGCUCCAAUGGAAAAGGCAGAGAAGGAGGCUCUGUACUCGGCCAUUAGAGGCUUCGUGGGCGACUGGUGGAAUGGCUCAGAUCUCUAUCCUGACCCUUGUGGCUGGACUGCCAUUCAGGGAGUGUCCUGUGAUUUGUUCAACGGGCAAUGGUAUGUGACAUCCUUGAACAUCGGACCGGUCCAUGACAACUCCUUGGACUGUGCCGCAAAGCCUCUCUUCACAUCCCACUUGUUCGAUCUCAGGCACCUGAAGUCCCUCUCCUUUUACAACUGCUUUGUCUCGCCUGACCAAACACUCCCGUCUGAUACCUACUGGGAUGCGCUUUCUGGCAGCUUGGAGUCCAUAGAGUUCCGGUCCAACCCCGGACUCGUCGGGGGAAUCCCGUCCAGUUUCGGCAGCCUCUUGAACCUCCGCUCUCUGGUGAUCCUAGAAAAUGGUCUCAAGGGGACGUUGCCAGAGAACCUUGGGAACAUACCUGGCUUGCAGCGGCUGGUCCUAGCAGGUAACCGCUUCACAGGCCCAAUCCCAUCCACAUUUGGCAGGUUAUCCGAGCUGCUAAUAUUGGACAUGAGUAGGAAUUAUCUAGCGGGCCAACUGCCAGCAUCGAUCGGGGACUUGGCCUCGCUCCUGAAGCUCGACUUGAGCAACAACCUACUCCAAGGGAAGCUUCCGAGUGAACUGGGGAAGUUACGGAACCUCACCCUCAUGGACCUUAGGAACAACAACUUCUCAGGCGGGUUGACGCAGUCACUCCAGGAGAUGGAAUCCUUGGAAGAGCUGGCCCUGUCGGGGAACCCGGUCAAUGGAGAGCUCAACAUCCUAGAGUGGCAAAACCUGAAGAGCUUGGCAGUCUUGGACCUUUCUAGAAUGGGAUUACGGGGAGAGAUCCCUGAAACAUUUCCACAGCUCAAGAAGAUCAGGUACUUGGGUCUAAGCAACAACAGCCUCUCAGGAGUUCUGCCUCCAGACCUCGAAACGUUGCCCAACCUCAGUGCACUGUACGUAAACGGGAACAAUCUGACGGGGGAGAUGAAGUUCUCGGCAGGAUUUUACAGCAGAAUGGGGAGGAGGCUUGGGGCAUGGGACAAUCCCAGUUUGUGUUACAAUGCUGAUGAGUUGGGUCCAACUGGUAACUUCCCAUGCAGAGUAAGGCCAUGUGGGGAUGAGAAAUUGGAAGAAGAGGAGAAGGAAAUGACGGUGGGUCAUAUCUCAAGAGGCAAGCGAUUGGGUGGUGAUGGAGAUGUUGGAGGAAAUUCCUAUUUGUUGCCCCCUUUGGGGUUCCCAAGCAAUGGUGUUAGUGGAUUUCAAUGUUGCAACUUUUGUGUAGAUGUGCUGUUGCUUGCCAUAGUCCUAAACUAUUUCCUAUAGUUUUCUCUCUCUUUUCCGUUUUUUCUUGUGUAGAAGAGUAGUGUUUAGGCUGUUGCAGUGUUAAGCCAAAGAGGAGGGGAAAGGAGAGAAAGAGAGCAUGGAAUUGUAAUUUGAAAGUGACAUUUGGAGAUGUUAAUGGACCUUAGCUCCUUUUGUAAAGGCAAAAUUCCUACUC